AUGGAAAUGCUUUUCCAAGUUUCAUUUCUCUUUGUUGUAGCUUUAUGCUUCUUAUCCCUUCCUAGCAUCGUCUAUUCAGAAGAUAUUCCCCAACCCCCAGUUUCUCAAUUCCACAUUCAGGGACAGGUUUAUUGUGACACAUGUCGUGCUCGAUUCAUCACUGAACUUAGCGAGUUCAUUCCAGGUGCUAGUGUACGCCUCCAAUGCAAAGAUGGGGAGAAUGGAAAUAUAACAUUUACUGAAGUAGGUUACACAAGAGCAGAAGGACUCUAUAGCAUGCUUAUUGAACGUGAUCACAAGAACGAGUUUUGUGAAAUCACACUAGUUUCCAGUAGUAGAAAAGAUUGUGAUGAAAUUCCUACCGAAGGAUGGGUAAAAUCGUCAUUGAAGUUUAUACUUAAUACAGUAAAUGGUACUACACGCACAAUAAAUCCUCUUGGAUUCUUCAAGAAAGAAGUUCUUCCAAAAUGUCCACAAGUCUAUAAUAAGUUGGGUAUGUAUCCCCCAAAUAUGUGAAGAACAAAAUGAAGACGUUGGCUGAAUAAUUUUGUGUGCUUUUUUUGUCAAGGCUUUUGAUUGUCAAAUUAGAGUGCCUCGUAGAAUAGAAUAAUUUUGCUUUGUAAUUUCUCUGAGUUCCCAAGAUUUCCUUGUGGGAAGACAAUAAAAUUUGUAGAUUAUGAUGAGAUAAA